AUGGCCAUGAAAGCAACCGGCUCAAAGAAAUACCUCCAGCUGCUCCUUUUUCAGGUUGCUCUAGGGCCUGUCUUCUGUGGGAAGAUACUGGUUUGGCCAACAGAAGGCAGCCACUGGCUGAACAUGAAUGUAAUGGUACAGGAGCUCAUCCGCCGUGGGCACAGUUUUACCAUCCUGGUACCCAACGUGACCCUCUUCAUUGAACCCAAGCCUAAGACUACGGAGAAGUUUGAGAUAUAUAAUGUGCCCUAUGAGAAAGAUUUACCUGAGACCCUGCUUAAUGAAAUAGUGGAUCUAUGGCUCAACAACAGGCCAACCAUCUUGACCUUCUGGCAGUUUUACAAGGAGCUGGGAAGACUGUCCGUAAACUGGCAGAAGAUGAACAAGAUGAUGUGCGACGCAGUGCUGACCAACCAGGAGCUGAUGGCUCGUCUGCAGGGCUCUGGCUUUGACCUGCUGCUGUCAGACGCAGUGACCCCCUGUGGGGAACUCGUGGCUCUCAAGCUGGGCAUUCCCUUUGUCUACUCGCUACGUUUCUCCCCAGCCUUCACUCUGGAAAGACACUGUGGCAAGAUCCCUGCCCCACCAUCCUACACGCCUGCAGCCCUGUCUGAGCUCACUGACCGCAUGUCUUUUGGGGAGAGAGUAAAAAACUUUGUGUCUUACCACCUGCAAGACUAUGUUUUCCAGAGCUACUGGGGACACUGGGAUUCCUACUACAGCAAGGUCUUAGGAAGGCCCACAACCCUGUGUGAGACGAUGGGGAAAGCAGAGAUUUGGUUAAUCAGAACAUACUGGGAUUUCGAAUUUCCACGCCCUUUCCUGCCCAACUUUGAGUUUGUUGGAGGACUUCAUUGCCAGCCUGCAAAACCAUUACCAAAGGAAAUGGAAGAAUUUGUUCAGAGCUCAGGGGAACACGGUGUCAUCGUAUUCAGUCUUGGGUCAAUGGUCCACAGCCUAAGUGAUGAAAAAAGUAAUGUGAUUGCCAAAGCCCUCAGCCAGCUUCCACAAAAGGUCCUCUGGCGGUACAAAGGGAAAAAACCAGAAACUCUGGGCUCCAACACCAGGAUUUUUGACUGGAUACCACAAAAUGACCUGCUUGGCCAUCCCUUGACAAAGGCCUUUAUUACACACGGUGGGACUAAUGGGCUGUAUGAAGCCAUCUACCACGGAAUCCCAAUGGUUGGGAUUCCCAUGUUUGCUGACCAGCACGACAACCUUGCUCACAUGGUAGCAAAAGGAGCUGCAGUUCAGGUGGAUUUCAAUACAAUGAAGUCACAGGACCUGGCUGAUGCACUGAAGACAGUCAUUUACAAUUCCACCUAUAAGGAGAAUGCUCUAAGGUUAUCCAAGAUACAGCAUGACCAGCCUGUUAAGCCACUGGACAGAGCUGUCUUCUGGAUUGAAUUUGUCAUGCGUCACAAAGGAGCAAAGCACUUGAGACCAGCUGCUCACCAUCUCACCUGGUACCAGUACCACUCCCUGGAUGUUCUGGCAUUCUUGUUCACCUGUACAGCCACUAUUGUCUUCAUUCUUUUCAAGUGUUGCUUAUGUUGCUGUAGAAGAUGUGGCAGGAUUGCAAAGAGGAAGAAAGACUAGACACCUUGUUCCCAUCAGCAGUUUUCUUCUCCUAGGCUGAUUCAACAAGGCAUUUAUGCACAUUCUUUGGUGAACAAGUUUAUUGGGAUAUGCUUUAAGCUGGGCAUACCAUGAACGCACCACAGCAAAGCUGUUGUGGGGCAGAGCUGCUUGCUUAGCCAGUAAAUUCCUUCUGGUCUAAAAAAAAUUGAACUAUAGUUGCUUUAUCCCCUGGGACCAUGUUAGCUGAUCACACAUGGUCCUUGCCACAGUAAUUGUUGCUCUAUGUUUUCAAGUAUCUUAAAUAUUUUGGUGUAUUUCAUAAAUUCAGCCUUGCCCUGUGGGUCUACCACUAGGCUCCUUAUCCUAACUCUGUCCUCUCCUCUAGUGUUAUGCAGGCUUGAUCACCGAUUCACAACCAAAAUACCUCCUCUCCUGUCAGAAAGACUCUCUCCAGACUGGAGAGUGAAUCCAAGAUCAUGGGCUCCUAAAAAGCACCCAUCUGAAGUGCCAUGAUCAUAAUAUCUGGGAGCUGUGCAAGUGACAAAUGCAGUGACUACUUGGGGCCUGAGGGGAGACUAGAAUCCUAAGACCACCAUAACCAUUACGUUCCUGGGAACCAUUUCUCUUUCCCAUCCAGUCAGGAAUUCCUACUGUUGCAUUACUCUAUCUGUAACACUGCAGAGGUGUGAAAACCACCUCUGUCAGGAACUUGGCCAUCUUAACCCCCAAAUGCCUCUGAGGCAUGCUAAUUGAUAAAUGCAGGAAAACCUCUAGAGAGGGAACUUGCAAAGAAGUAACAUUCCAUGUGGGAACAGUGCAACAGCCACUUGCCUUGCCUGAAAAGUGGAGAGAAAACAGUGCUGCACUUGGGUCAGAUAAGAGUGGUAGUAAAUGUAGUACCUCUUCAGGUGUUGAAGAUGCCUGUAAAAUGCUGCUAAGUCCAGGCCUCCUGUUCCAGGUAGGUUAUUUCACUGCUGUGCCAGCUUACUCAAGAAAAAAACCUGCUUGAAUUUUAACUGUUAUUUUAAAAUACUCUGGAAUUGUUUUCAAACAGAACAUGAUUAUUUGUUUACAUAAUAAAAUUCCUUAUGCCACAUCAA